CGGGCGCGGCCCCUAAAGCACACCACGCCAGCGCCAUGCUCAGCGCCCAAGAGCGCGCCCACAUAGCACAAGUCUGGGACCUGAUCGCCGGCCACGAGGCGCUCUUCGGGGCGGAGCUGCUGCGCAGGCUCUUCACUGUGUACCCUAGCACCAAGGUCUACUUCAGACACCUGGGUGACCACCCAGACGAGGUGCAGCUGCUGGACCACGGUCAACGCAUGCUCCAGGCAGUGGGCGUGGCCGUGCAGUACAUGGACAACCUGCGGGCAGUCCUUAGCCCGCUCGCCGACCUGCACGCACAAGUGCUGCGCGUGGACCCCACCAACUUCCCACUGGUGAUCCAGUGUUUCCAGGUGGUGCUGGCCUCCCACCUGCAGGACGAGUUCACGGUGGAGAUGCAGGCGGCGUGGGAUAAGUUCCUGACGGGCAUGGCUGUGGUGCUGACGGAGAAGUAUCGCUGAGUUCCAUGCCCCGCGGGUCUAGGUCUGCGAAAUUCAAUAAACAGGCCUCAGUAGGCUGGAA